GAUCUCUGCACUGUAUGACCCUCCAUAUUCCUCAUCUAUACUGGUAUCACCAAAGGUUCUACUUUGAAAAUGAAGAUCACCAUUAUGUGCCUUUGUUUGGCCAGCUCAAUAUCUGCUGCUCCACGUCAACCUUUCUUCAAUUACUUGCCCCACUAUGGGGAUCCAAGGCAAUCAGGACCACCCACACAAGUGAAUGAAGGCCUCUACCCAGCAGGCCAGCCUUACCCUCAGCCUGGACUCAACGGCCCUGUCAGCAUGGAAAUAGUAUUUCCACAGAGAUUCCCUGGAUGGUCUACUGGUGGCCAGAUCAAUGGACCACAGUCCUAUCCCUCUCAAGCCUUCAUCAAAUAUUCCCUAUCCAAGGCCCCAGGAAGAAAGAGUGUAGAAAUUUACUACCCCUAUGACCUUGUGCAGCAAAAGAUGAUGCCAAAUAUUCCUCAGAUGCCACAGAUUCCAAACCUGUUCCCGAAUGAAUAUCAACCACAAACUGUGCCACAGCAAAGACCCAAUAUCCCAUUCCCACCAUACAACUCUCAACUUCCUCAUUCCCAGGAUCCUUUGCAGCCAGCUCAGCAGGAGCAGACAGUGCAGACAGGCCAGGUACCUCAUGUGCAACCAUAGACUGGAAACGGAAUUUACCAGCUUGAAGGAAGUACAAAGUCUGCCGACCCAGAGAAGACCAGAUGAUUUGCUGCUUCAAUAUGGCCUUUUGAUAUUAAUUGGGGUAUUUACAGUAGUAUGGUUAUGAGUAUCAAUGUAGAUUGUUAAUCUACUGUCCUUUAGAGUUUUUUCCCCUUGAAGUUUCUAGCGGAAGCUAUUGUAAUGAGUAUAAUAAGCAUGCAUCCUUGAUAUUACAGUAGGCAAAAGAGAGUAUGGGUGGACAUUAUCUGCCUUACAAUCUUUUCUUUGCUACAUUUAAUUUAAGCCAUGUAUUUUAGUAAAUGCAAUUAAAGUAUGUUUUGCAAGCAAUCAUUGAGUGUUUUCCCUGUAUAAUGUCUUUGUGUGAAUUUGAAGAGUAGAAUACGUUAUUUGAUUAAACAGU